AUGUAUACGAAUAGUGAAUACGAAAAGAUCGCCGUAAUCGUCAUACUGUCCGGAUGUGGGCUGGCUAUAGCCCUGGCAUUUGCUCCCAAGUACUCGCGAUACGGGUGUCCCAACUCUAUAGUGGUGUUCGAGAGACAGACGACCACUUCGGACGAGAAUAAUAUCGAUUACAACAGCGGCUGCUUUGAGGACUCGUUCUAUCAAAGGGAAGCCCAAUGUGAUAGCGAUACUAACGCCGACACCGGCACCGUUAGCUCGCCCAACACUGUCAUCGCCGCACAAACACAUCAUACAUACGCCACGCAUACGCCGCCAUCGCCUCAGACACCGCCACAAAGGUCUUCCUCACCGCAAGUCAAAUUCGCUCCCCGGCCACCACUGGUCAAGAAUCGCAAGACAUCCCUGCCCUGUAAACUCGUUUCUAUACAAACCACUAGCAAAACGGAAAACACGUCGACCGACAGCGAGGGUCAGAGGAGGGCUUCGGCCGGUAUUAUACGCCAAAAGAGUUUCGAAGACAUCGAAGAAGACAUCACUUAUAAUAAUCAAAUGGAGUUAUCCGAAAGGAGACGAAGAAACUCAUUGGAAAACAAGACGAUAUCGACGGAUGUGUUGCGGAAACAGUACCGCGAGUUAUGGCAACUGAGGGCCACCUUCGAGGCCGAGGAGUUGGACACAUCGGACGGGUCGGCGGGUGCCGGCGAUCGCACGCCACCACCCAAUCAGCAACAAAAGCUCAUCAAAAACGACUCCGGUAUUCAUAUUAGUCCAUACGAUGCCAUUACGAGCGCCUGUGCUGUCGAUUCUGGCUAUAAAUCCAUUGAACGCCGCGACUACUCGAUAGACAUUAAAAGCGAUUACAUGUUCAGACAGUUCACGACCACCAGCGCCACCACUAUAGCGCCGGUCGCAUACCCCGCGCCACCCACUCGCCAUCAGAUCACUCAUCAGCAAAGCAUUAAAGAGGAACAGGAGUCUGAUAUACAGGCGACGUUUGUCUGACAUUUGACAUCUAAAGUGCUAUAAUGUCUUCACGACUACACAAUAGUAGAGGCAAUCUCUGGAGAGACCUUAAGACUUGACUUUUCGAUGAAUGCUUUCGUGAAUUAACAUUCAUUUCAUCUGAUUUUUGUUUUUGUUUCUCAUUUAUUUUACUUUUCGUUUUACAUAAACUGUUUUUUAAUAAAAAAAACUUAUUGUACUGUAUAUAAAAAAUAUAUUAUAUAAAUAUAUAUUAUUAUAAGACAUUAUAAAUAUAAUACAAUUUGAUAAGUAAAGUAAAUAUCAAAUGACUUCCCAUAAGUGCUUUCCAAUCAACUCAUCCUAAUAUAUAGAUACAGAAUAUACACAGAAUAAUAAUAAUAAUAAUUUAUUUGACUUUUUCUAUAAUAAUAACACGAAUUGUAUAUUAUUUUUGUCGACAACCGGUGAUAGCAUUACACGAGUAAUAUGUUGUAAAUACUAAUAAAUAUAGUAACUGUUACAUAAAUUGUAAACAAAAAACGUGGGACCCAUUAUUAUAUUAAUUAAUAAUGAAAUAAAAUAUGGUUACAACUGAUAAAUAAA